UGUAUUCGUUCGCAUUGGCCCAGCCUAGCCUAGCCACUCUAAAAUACAGAAACAGAACCACUUGAAAAAAGUUGGUACCAAGAUUACUUGCCUCCCAUGCUUAGCAACGUUUGAUUCUUUGCCUUUCCAAAAAUCAUCCUUGAAGUUUUCUUCAAGUCAUCCUCUUUCCCUGUUGGCCUCCAAUUCCUUAUUAUUCUUCAUCCCUCGAUCUUCAGCUCUUCUUCCUUGCUUACUACUUGUCCAUGCUACCAUGCAUACCCAAGGUGACGCCAACCCUCAUUUUGUCAGACCCUUUCAACCAGAAGGUCCAGACCAAUAUCCCCAAACACCUCCUGUUGGUCCAUUCCGGCAUCAACCACAUCACCAAGGCCCUGUGAGCCUCGGUCCCGGUUGGACUGAACAACACCACCCUGAACCACCACCAGAUGUUAAGCCAGCCCGUCGUCACCGGCAAAAGCAUUCAGGCAGGCAUUCUCGGCCACUAGGUCCAUUGGUGUCAUUCCAUCCACACUUUCAAGACCAUCCUCAUUCACAGCCAAACCAUUCAGGCCAGCAAACCCAGCCGCUAGUCCCCCAGUCGCCCAUUGCAAACCAAGAUAAUGAAGACCCACAACCUCCGGCAAAGCGUCAAGGCCAGCAAACCCAGCCACUGGUCCCAGUGCCAAUGUCAAGCCAUGAUCAUGGACAGCCACAACAUGGCCAGCGUACUCACCCGCAUGGCUUGCUCAGGCCACAUACUCAACAAACCAACCUCUUUCAAUGGUCAUUAGCCAUCUUCUGUGCAAUUUUUUGGGUUCUCAUAAUCAUAGGAGGCCUAGUGGUUCUCAUAGUCUAUCUUAUUUUUCGCCCCCGGACUCCGAAAUUCGAUGUCUCCACUGCCACCCUCAAUGCAGCCUACCUUGACAUGGGCUAUCUGCUCAAUGCUGACCUUACUGUGCUAGCGAACUUCACCAAUCCAAACAAGAAGGUGAGCGUGGACUUUAGCUCCUUGAUCAUUGAUCUUUAUUAUGGAAAUACCCUAAUUGCUACCCAAUACAUAGAACCCUUUUCUGCACACAGGAGUGAGUCCAUGUUUGCAAAUGUUCAUAUGGUGGUUAGUCAGGUCCGUCUUGGAUUGUUAGAGAGCCAAAGGCUUCAGAAGCAGAUGGAGACCGAUAGAGCCGUUUUUGAAGUCAAGGGAUCUUUCAGAGCACGUGCUAAUUUUGGAAAUAUCCUACGGUACUCUUAUUGGUUACAUGGUGACUGCAAAGUUGUGUUCACCAGACCUCCUGAGGGGGUUCUGGUUAGUAGAAAAUGCAAGACAAAACACUAAGGAAGCAUUUGGAUUUUCAUCUACAUUUUCAUCUGUUUUCAGAUUAUGUUUCGAUUUUCGUACACUAAGGAAGCAUUUAUAUUGACGUUUCGAGCAUUUGAUUAGUGAAAGCACUCU